AUCCUGAUGUACGAUUAUGGGAAGAUAAGUGCGCUUUAGUAGCAGACGAUAAUGGAACUGUAUUUCACAGUCGAAUCGCGUAUUUGGCAUCUAAAUAUUUACUAAAAAAGAAAUAUCGUAUAUCUCAUAACAAGAUAACGAAAGACAUAUUGCAUAACGAUAACAUUAGAACAAGUGCACCUCAUAUAGUAAUGGAAAUUGGUGGAGGGCACCAGGUGAAAAAAGUUAUAAAUGAUUUGAAGAAAUAUGGGUUUGGAUGUACAGAAAUUUGGAAGGAUGCUAUGAAUAAGGAAAGAUGCAUUGUUGCGAGGAUUUAG